GAGACCUUAUAACUUCGAUGCCAUUGCAAUUCCAUAAGGGCAUUUCUUUCUUUCUUUCUCCUGAUUUGGUACUUUCAAAUUUGCAAUGGGUACCCUAAUAGCAAGAGCAUUUGGGUCUAUUAUGUCCGUUAUAGCUCACUGUUUCUUCGGGCACCGAGACAACAAAAAGGGCACAAGCAACAUCCAUCACCACAAGAAGCCUAAUAAGGGCCAACCACUUUCUUUACAGACUGUGGAUCUCAAAGUCAGGAUGUGCUGCAUUGGCUGCGAGAGAGUAGUCAAAAGAGCCCUUUAUAGGCUUCGAGGUGUAAAUUCGGUGGAAGUUGACCUAAAGAUGGAAAAAGUAACCGUAAUCGGGCACGUUGAUCGUUACAAGGUGUUGAAACGGGUGAGGAGGUCGGGAAAAAGGGCCGAGUUCUGGCCCUAUCCCGACGUGCCGUUGUACUUCACCUCCACGGGCGACUACUUCAGGGACACAAGAAAUGAGUUCAAAGAGAGUUACAAUUACUAUAAACACGGGUACAAUCUCGGUCACUGGCACGGGAAUAUUCCAGUAACACACCGAGGCGAUGACAACGUCAGCAACAUGUUCAACGAUGACAAUGUCAAUGCCAUCUGCUGUCUCAUGUAGGAACUUGAAACCAGAAGGAUUUAGUACCCAUCCAUUUCGAUAAACGUAGAUACUAUUUGCAUUCAUGUAAUACUAUAUGCGCUGUAUAUA